UGUCGGAACUUAACAGUGUGACAUUCAGCGGAAGUACACAAGCGCUAGCAGGGCUUUUAUAUAUGUCAAUGGGCUAGUGAUUCAUCAUUUAUAAUAAGCAAAAAUGUCUUCAGUUGAGUAUUUGAGAGAGUUUGUCAUCGAGCGACUAACUGCUGCUGCUGAAGAAAUAUUCGGAGUUUUCGAAAAAACUAUCGUUGAGUACGAGGAAGAGAUCGACCGUCAGCGCAGACUGUUGGAUGUCGUUUGGAAACCUGAAAUAAAGUUACAGAGGAUAGAGCUCCCACAGCAACAUGUCUCUAAGGAGGAGGAGGAGGAGGAGGAGGUUCCCGCUGAGCAGCAGCUCUGUAUUCAGGAGAUGAACUCCAGUCUGGACCGAGAGGAGCCAGAGCCUCCACAGAUUAAAGAGGAACAGGAGGAACUCUGCACCAGUCAGGAGGAAGAGCAGCUUGAACUGAAGCAGGAGACUGAUGCCUUUAUGUUGACUCCUACUUAUGAGGAAAGUGAGCACAGUGAACCAGAACCAAACACUGACCACCAGCUCCUCUCUCACACCUCUCAUGUAGCUGAGAGCCAAGAUCACAAAGGGGGUGAGCAUGGAGACUCUGGAUCAACUAUAAGUGCAGAACACAGUAACAGUGUAAACACCUGUAACUUGUCAACGAUUCACUGUAACACUCACACAAGUACAAGGGCUUUCAAAUGUGACACAUGUGGGAAAGCUUUUAAAUAUAAGUCCGAUUUUCAAAGACACCGGAUGAUACACACAGAUAAGAAGCCCUAUUCAUGCAACACCUGUGGGAAAACAUUUAUCCGGGCAUCAUCCUUGAAUGCUCAUGUGCGAAUUCAUACAGGUGAGAAGCCAUAUUCUUGCAAUGUGUGUGGCAAAAGAUUUAGUCAGACAUCAACAUUGAACACUCAUAAAAGAAUCCAUACUGGUGAGAAGGCAUAUUCAUGCAACACGUGUGGGAAAAGAUUCGGUCACAUAUCAAUAUUGAAUACUCAUAAAAGAAUCCAUACAGGUGAGAAGCCCUAUCCGUGCAACACCUGUGGGAAAAGAUUCAGUCGGACAUCAACAUUGAACACUCACUUAAUAGUCCAUACAGGUGAGAAGCCAUAUUCAUGCAACACGUGUGGGAAAAGAUUCAGUCGGACGAAACUAUUGAACUCUCAUUUAAGAGUCCAUACCGGUGAGAAACCAUAUUCUUGCAAAAUGUGCGGGGAAAGAUUCAGUUGGACAUCACAGUUGAAGAGACAUAUAGUAACCCAUACGGGUGAGAAGCCAUAACCGCAACACCCGUAGGAAAAUAUUGUAAGCAAUGUUUGAAUUGGAAAGGCAUGAAAGAGUGCAUAGACAAAUUGCCUUCUUUCUGAACCCGAAUGAGGAACCACAUGAAUGCAGCACUUGUGCGCAAGACGUGUGGGAAAAGAUUUAGUUUGAAGUCACCAUUGAAGGCCCAUAUAACAGUCCAUGUAGAUGAGGAGCCAUGAAGGCAACACCUGUGGGAAAAUAGUAUUUGGAGUGUGUGAAUAAGUAGUAGUUUUCUAUUUGUACCGACACAAGUGAGUGACCACGUGAAUGCAGCACUUGAAAGUUUUUUUCUCAAAUCUCCUACCCGACACAACAAUCCAUAAACAGGACAAACCAUCAACCCCUCUGGACGAGCAUUCAUCCACUUACUGUAAAUGAAUACACUUUUGUAAUAUCAAGAUUUCUGUUAUUGUAUAUAAAGCAUUUCUUAUAAAGAAGAGGGCACCAUAUCUUAUUGUAAUGAGGUAGUGCAUAAACAGUGUCACGUUUUGUUAAAUUAGCCUGCUUUUUCCCCUUCAUGUUACUGUAUCACUCAUAU